AUGUUGGCCUUACAAAACGUCGCCUUUGCUUCUACCCUUUUAUUUAGCUUGGCUAAAUCUCAAUAUAUUUACACCACCACUGUUGUCAACACCGCUACUGGUGAACAAGUAUACACUGUCACUAAUGAUGAUGCCGUCACCUUGAGUGCUGCCGCUGCCGUCGCCAGCAGUGUUGUUGAAGCCCUUUUCGCUUCUGCUUCUUCCGAAUCUGCCCUUCCAGCCGCCAGCGACGCUGCUUCUCUUGCCGCCGCCGCCGUUGCCGGUAACGCUCAAAUAUCUUCUGCUGCCGCUUACCUUGCUUCCGUCGCCUCUCAAGCUUCUGUUGACGCCGAGGUUUCCAGUGUUGCCAGCGCCGCCAGUGCUGCUGAAGCUUCUGUUUCUUCUGCCAGUGUCGCCAGUGCUUCUGCUGCCUCUGUCGCUUCUGUUGCCUCUGCUAGUGAAGCCGCCGCCGCCGCCGCUGCCUCUGUCGCUUCUGUUACCUCUGCUAGUGAAGCCGCCGCCGCCGCCGCUGCCUCUGCCACUGAAGCCUCUGCCACUGAAGCUUCGGCUUCUGAUGCUUCUGCCUCUGCUACUGAUGCUUCUGCCUCUGCUACUGAUGCUUCUGCCUCUGGUAGCGACGCUUCUGCCUCUGCUACUGAUGCUUCUGCCUCUGGUAGCGACGCUUCUGCCUCUGCCACUAACUCCUCUGCCUCUGGUAGCGACGCUUCCGCCAACACCAUCACUGCCACCACCACCGACUCUGCCGCUGCUACUGAUGCCGCUUCUGAAUCAUCUUCUGAAGCCAUUUCCGCUGGUGUCAACGGUACUGCCGUCACCACCACCCUCUCUGGUAACAGCACUGAAUCUUCCUCUUCCAGCAUCACUUUGAAGACUUUGACUAACGGCUUCAACUUGAAUUCUACCUCUACCUCUACUGACUCUUCUUCUUCCUCCUCCUCUACCGACUCUUCUGAUUCCUCUUCCUCUUCUUCAGACGACAGUUCUGACUCUUCUUCUACCGAAACCUCCACUGGUUCUUCUUCUUCCUCUUCAUCCACCUCUACCAGUAAGGGCGCUGCUGCUAAACAAGUUGUUGGUGGUGCUGCUGGUAUCUUCGCCUUGUUGGCCCUUCUCUAG